AUGGCGGUGUCUGUUUCGCCUCUGCCGCCGUUCCCGUCCAGCCGAGCGCGAGCCUCCCUCUCGCCCUCUCAAUUGGCGACUCUCAACCAGACGAUCUCCGAAUGUCUCGCACAAACGCUUUCUUUGCCUACAGCUCAAUGUAAUAGCCCUGCUACUCGCAAAUUUCUUUCCACAUAUGUAAAGGAUGUAGCUCAUGUAGUCCUCCAGUCUCUCAUAUGGGACGAAGAUCAGACGCAGUCGAAGAUGUUCUCUUCACUCUCCCAGGUCGAGCGGACGAUCCGCCAUCGCGCAUUCCUACUCGCGGAGCGGCUCGCAGCGGAUGGGUCACUCGACCUCCAGACCCUCCUUGAUCUCGGCGUCGCCUUUGGCUCGACGAAUGCGACGCGACUUCGCGCACUCUUCUCUGCUGCCCACUCACGCGCCAGCUCGUCUCUGUUAUCGGCUGUUCAAAAUGAGGUUAUUCCAGCGUUCUCGGCGCUGCUCUUAGAGCCAUCUCAAGGCCUAUAUGGCCUUCGCAAGACCGCACACAUCGUACUGUGCCUCCUCCGACCUGCUCCAGCGCAUCUCGUACGUCUUUUUGCUAGAAGUAAGCCGUUCAUGCUCUCCCUGGCCCGAGCGUACGAUCGAGGGCUCUCAUCUCUUGCACAAUCUUACGGUGGAAUACGUAUUUCGUCUCUCAGUGAUGGGCAAGAUAUUGUACUAGACCAAUGGGAGCGAAUCCUCCUCGAAACGAAAGUUUCCCUCGUGGACAGCUUCCAUAUAUUGAUUCGUAUACUAGUAGCAGACAUCGCCGCCGUACCUUCGGUCGGGCCUGGUCUUGCUGCGCAGUGUGAAGCAGCCUUCGAAGUCAUCUUCGCAUUGCUUGAGGAACCUCGCUCACGGGUCAAUCUGGCCGACGAUGCAGGAUCUAGCGGAAUCGAUUCUAUUCCAUUUCUAAAUCAAACUCUUAUUGCAGACUACCAGCAUGCAUACGACCUAUCGAAAUUGCUUGCGGACACACUGAAGCGCCUAGACGAUCCACAAAUGGAGAUACUCAACUCAUCUCUGCGCUCGCUAGAGACACACGACGCCCACGCUAAUAGUGUGGGUGCGGGCGCAGGUGCGCUCAGGCUCCUGCUUCGAUCUUCAGGCGCUCCACCGGGGAUCGCUAAUCGUGGGUUUGGAUCCAGCAGUACUGCCUACAGCGCGGACGCGAAAGGCAAAAGCAAAGCAGUUGCUCGUGACGUUCAUCCAGAGAACCCCGCGCUCGAUGCUGCUGUCGCACAGGUGCUCGACAUUCUCCCUGACCAAUCACCCGGAUACCUGCGUUUUGUCCUUGCACAUUCAGACUAUCCAUUUCAUGGCGACGCGGAGAAGCUGCUUGGUGCUUUGUUAGAAGGCACGGCGCCUAGUCCAAGCGAAGUGGAGAGGCUCAUGCACGCAGAGGUGCUUGUGGGACCUGCGGCAUCUGACCCCGUCUCUCAGGAGAAAGAGGACUUCGUAUAUACCAGGGAGAGAACGAACAUAUUCGAUGGAGAAAAAAUGGAUUUAAGCAAUAUCCGGAUAGGAAAGAAGACGGGAGACGCCAAUGCUCUCCUUCAAGACCGCGCAUUUAUCGAGGAGAUGAAAGCAGAUAUUCUGCGCCGCGCGGAAGCCAUAGAUGACGAGACUGAUGAUGAAGGUGUGCCGGGCAAGAAAGACGGGAGCAAAUGGAGAGACGCGACGUUUGACGAUCUGGACGAGGAUCCUGUAGUAGUGAAGGUCAGGGAUGGUGACGAGAGCGAAUUGGAUGGUCCGGACGUAGAUGGUGAAGACAGCGAAGAUGAAGAGACUGUGACGAAGACGCCGGAGGUGAUUCUUGAGUUGGCAUACAUUCAAGAUCCAAAGCAGUUUGAGCGAGAUGGGCAGACCCGUAGAAGCAAGGCAAGAGUGGAUCUCAAGGCGCAGACAGGCUGGACGGACGAGCAAAUUGAAGGAUGGAGAAUCAUGCUCGAGCGAAAUCCUAAAAAAGACAAGAUUCUCGAGAAAUAUGAAUUUAGAGGCAACAAAACGCUGGCAUCUACUCAGACUAAUAGUGAGUCUUCUCAUCGCGAAGGGGACAAUCCUCGGGGACGGGGAGGUGGGCGUGGACGAGGUGGUCGCGGACGCGGACGCGGAGGCAGCAGUCGUGGAGGUGGUCAGCCAGGGGGCUCCGGGGACGGCAGUUCUGCGAGGGACAGGGCUUGGAAGGACAAGAACAAGGCGAGCAGGGCCAAUCACGGUCGAAAGCGAGGACACGACAAGAAGAUGGCAAGAGCGGGAGGGCCCAGUUGA